AGGCUGUCUGUCCCUCCCAGCCCACUCGCUCCGUGCAAUGGGAUGUCCCCGGGCCCUACUGGCCAUACUCUGGGCUCUGGGGGCCGCCGGGGCAGCAGCGCUGCGCAUUGGAGCCUUCAAUAUCCAGAGUUUCGGUGACAGCAAAGUUUUGGACUCCGCCUGUGGCAGCGUAAUCGCGCAAAUCCUGGCUGGCUAUGACAUCAUGCUUGUGCAGGAGGUGCGAGACCCGGACCUGAGCGCAGUGUCUGCACUCAUGGAGCAGAUCAACAGCUUGUCCAGGCACGAGUACAGCUUCGUGAGCAGUGAGCCCUUGGGGCGGGAACAUUAUAAGGAAAUGUACCUGUUCGUUUACAGGAAAGACGCGGUGUCAGUCAUAGACAAGUACCAGUACCCAGAUCCGGAGGACACCUUCAGUCGUGAACCUUUCGUAGUCAAAUUCUCAGUCCCAAGUUCCGCUGUCAAGGAAUUUGUGCUGGUCCCACUGCACGCUGCACCGCACCAGGCGGUAGCGGAGAUUGACGCUCUGUACGACGUGUACCUGGAUGUGAUAGACAAGUGGGGCACUGACGACAUGCUGUUCCUGGGCGACUUCAACGCGGACUGCAGCUAUGUGCGGGAGCAGGACUGGGCGGCUAUCCGCCUGCGCAGCAGCGAAGUGUUUAAGUGGCUCAUCCCAGACAGCGCUGACACCACGGUAGGCAACUCUGACUGCGCCUACGACCGCAUCGUUGUCUGUGGCGCUCGCCUGCGCAGGAGCCUGAAGCCCCAGUCAGCGGUGGUACACAACUUCCAGGAGGUAUUUGGCCUGGACCAGACGCAGGCCCUUGCCAUCAGUGACCAUUUUCCUGUGGAGGUGACCCUCAAGUCCCACUAACAGCUCUGAGGACUGGUCAGGGCAUGCUGCCUGCAGACUGGCCAAGAGGAAC